AAACUCCCGGCCCUGAUGAUCAUCCUACUCUCCGCAGAGAGUCUGGACUUAGUUUUCUAAAAAAAUCCAUCUCUUACUUUAUGCCGCGUAUAGCAAGCGACUGGGAUCCAGUUGAUAUGAAAGGAAAUCCAACAAGGUCAAUGGCCGUAAAUAAUCUACUGAAGAGUAUUGAGAGGGCAGAGCUAUAAGACAGUUAUUCACAUCUAAACAACAUGAAGUUCUACAGUACUGCUCUCUUAAUGGCCGCCACAUCUGCCAUGGUGAUGGCUGCCUCGCCAGCCCCUAUGGAGCAUAUGUGCUCUCCGUCCAACAACAAUGACAAGUGCGAAGGUCUUAACAAGCAUAUCGACACCAAUCUGCACUGUAACUUGAGCGGUGAUGACAAGUGUUCCACCUCCUAUUGUUGCAAGGAUAAACACGAUGAUGACGAUAACGACGAUGACGACGAAAUGAUGUGCGCUCCAGAUAAUAACCAGGGCAAAUGCGAGAGUCUAGGUAAGAAAAUUGACAAGCACGUGACUUGCUACAGAUAUGGGGAUGAGAAGUGCACCAGCUCUCACUGUUGCAAGGACCACCAUGGGGAUGGUGGUGCUAGUGAUCACGAUGAUGAUGAUAAAGGCGACAAGAUGAAGUGUUCUCACGAUAUCAACCAAGGCAAAUGUAAGAGCCUAGGCAAGGAUGUAGAUAAAGCACGAGACCUGUUACAGAUAUGGUGACAAAAAGUGUGCCAGCUCUCACUGCUGCAAGGAUAAGAAGUAAGGUGAUGCCGAUACUGAUGAUGGAGAGCAUGAUAACGGCCAUCUGACUCAGAAUGCUCAAACAGUACCAGCCGGGGGAAAUGGUUUAUAGAAGAAUCGGCUGAUAAGGGCAACGUCUAUAUCCCAAAUGGUUGCUCGUGUAACUAUUCGAUAAUAGAGUACACUGUGAAUAAAGGGCCCAUACUUAUAAUUAUAUACUAAUUGGGGAUACUGG